AUGAAAACGAUUUUCCAAUUACUUCACACUGGCGAAAUGGUCAAUCAAGCCAAAUCCUUAAAGAAAUGGUUAAAAUCUUUUGAUACGGUGGUCCUUCUUACUGUAUGGCUCAAGACGCUUCAAGCGGUGGACGACGUCAUUCGUCUCUUGCAAUCUAAUUCAAUUGCAAUUGACGACGAAAUUAUCCUCAUCAAUCAGCUAUUAGAUGAUUUGGGCCGCAUUCGUUCGUCAUGGAACGAACUUUUGUCAGAAGCAAAAUUGGUGGCCGAAUCUCUCGGUUUUGAAAAGGACUUUGAAGUCAAACGAACAAGGAAAACAAAAAGGCACCAUGAUGAACCUCCGAAUACAGCCUACUUCCACGACGGCGCAGAGAAGAAGUUCGAGGUGAGUGUUUUCAACGUUGGAUUGGAUCAUCUUAUACAACAAAUCCGAUCAAGAUUCGAAGUCGUUAAAGAGGUUUAUGCUAGAUUUGAUUUCAUAUGGUCAUUGACUGAUGAUAUUGUUGCUCAAGAACGAAAAGCCCGUGAGCUUGCCAAGUUCUACUCUACCGACGUGAAUGAAGAAGAUCUUGUGGCAGAAAUUCGUCACUUUGAUCGCGUGAAAGGGGCCCUGUUUAAUCCUGGCAACUCAUUGAAACUCCUCAAUCAGAUCUUUUCUAAGGGGCUAGAACCCAUGUUUCCAUCGAUCUGCAUCCUUCUGCGGAUUUUCAAUACGAUGUCAGUCUCUGUCGCCGAGGGAGAAAGGUCAUUCAGCAAAAUGAAAAUCAUCAAGAACUAUUUUAGAGCGACCAUGGGACAGGAAAGGCUUUCGAGCCUUAUGAUGUUAUCUAUUGAAAACGAGUUGGCCAGAUCCGUGUCGUAUGAAGAAGUAAUUUCAAAUUUCGCGUCGAGGAAAGCUCGCAAAAUAUGCCUUGCAUAA